AUUAUACUGGCACAUUCCGUUAUUUACAUAGUGUGCGUGUAUUCUAAUAUUGUCACACAUUUGCAUCAGGAAUCCACCAGAUUCAUAGAAGAAAAAUGAUACGCUCCACGAGUUUUAACACUAUGGUCCGGACAAGCCCAUGUAUGUUCCUGCUGGUGUUGAUAAUGGUAUGUUUUACUGGGGAAGUAGUUUCUGGUAAACGGAGGACAUACGCCAAGCAAGUUCUCCUGGUAUCGAUGGAUGGGUUCAGAUACGACUAUCCAAAGAAAGUGGCAACGCCCAACUUUGACAGAAUGGAGCGUUAUGGUGUGAAAGCGAAGUAUAUCACCAACGCCUUUCCAACAAAAACCUUUCCGUGCCACUACAGCACAAUUACAGGACUGCAUGCUGAAAGUCAUGGGAUUGUAGGAAACACCAUGUAUGAUCCGGAGUUUGACGAAUUCUUUAGUAUGCGCUCACAUCAGACAAAAUGGUGGGAUGCCGGAGAACCCUUAUGGAUUACUGCCCGGAAGCAAGGUCUUACUUCCGGUACUAUGUUCUGGCCCGGAAGUGAGGCGGAGAUUCAAGGUUUGCGUCCGAACAGGUGGUACAAAUACAACGAAUCAAUAACUUAUGAUGAACGAGUAGACAUCGUCAUAAACAUGCUGAAGGUUGACAAGUUAAACUUUGUUACCCUUUAUUUCCAUCAGCCAGACUUACAUGGGCACAUCUACGGACCUAAUUCACCCGAAGUUGUCGACAAGAUCGUGGAAAUGGACACACUUCUUGGAACACUUUUGCACAAGUUGGUUGUAAAUGGACUCCGAGAUGAAGUGAAUCUAAUCGUCUUGAGUGACCAUGGAAUGACCGAGGUAGAUUAUGACAACAAACUAGUUGAAAUUUGGGAUUUAGUGGAUAAAUCCCUGAUCCAGCGUACAGUGGACAGCGGUCCAAUCAUGCACGUGGUUCCGGCUGUGGGACAGGAAGACGCUGUCCUAAGUGCUAUAAAUAGUCACCCCCACUUCACUGCCUACAGAAAAGCAGACAUACCCGACAGAUGGCACUACCAGAACAAUAGAAGGAUAAUGCCGAUCUUUGUUGUAGCUGAUGAAGGAUGGACUAUAACAUGGGAUAGAAAUUACACAAGACGUUAUGACACGAAAGGUUCCCAUGGAUACGACAACCGACUAAUAACGAUGAAGUCCAUAUUCUAUGCCAUUGGUCCAAACUUUAAACCAAAGUUUUCGGCCUCACCUUUUAAGUCUGUUGAUGUUUACCCGCUAGUAUGUGAACUCCUAGGUAUGAGGCCGUCACCAAACAAUGGUUCUCUACACAACACAGCAGGCUUCCUAAAACCGUACAGGGAUUACCGCGACUUCUUCACGUCGGGUGGAUAUAACCUUCUAGGUGUCUCUUUUAUGCAGGCGACCGGCGUGAACAGAUAUGGUGGGCCAGUGUACGACUCAUAUUGAUGUAAAACCCCUGGGACAGAAUUGCAACGUUCAUGGUUUUUAUAAUUCUAAUCCACAGACUUUCAGGAAAUUCCUCUAUUUUAUACAAUUUCCAAUCAAUUGUGGAAUAAAAUUCGGAUAAAUAUGAACAAAGAAAUGCAUUGUAACGUUAUUCCACACUGUAAGCCUAAUGUUAACGUGACGUCUGUCAGACGGUCUGUCAGACGGUAUGUUUAACACGUCAUUCAUCGCUGGAUACAUGCCGAGUAAAUCUUCAGACCUAAAGUUUUACAACGUUUUUAGCCAAUGAAGAUAGCUAACGGCUAACAAGCGCCAAUCAAACGAUUUAAGGCCCGAAGUUGUCUUGCUAUCUGGGAUAUGGGAGACUGCACUAGCGGAUUCAAAUUUAAUUCCUUCCUCACUUCAUUAGGUAAAUAUGUACUAAAGUCUACAAAAAUCGAUCGCAAUACACACAAACUAUUCAA